GACACAUCUUCUACUUUACGGCCGUGUUUGUAUCAGCCGCUAAGUCGGAGGAAGGUUAAAGCGAAUCCCAGAAAGCAAACGCCGCCAUGCCGUUCGUGGACAUCCAGUCGUGGCUCGGUAUCAACGUUGACGGCUGGAUGCUGCAGCAGAGCGGAGCGCAGCCCCACCAUCGGGCGCCGCGUUGCCACGCCUUCGAGAAGGAGUGGAUCGAGUGCGGCCACGGCAUCGGGCAGAUCCGCGCCAAGAAGGAGUGCCUGCCCGAGUUCGAGGACUUCUAUGAGUGCAUGCACAAGCAGAAGACCCAGCAGGAAGUGCCUCUCCUCCACCCAGAUGGCCCGAUGAGCCCGUUGGCCACGUCUCAUUCUGCAGAGCAGGAAGUGCUGAGUGAAGACGACGGUCAGAGGCCGACCACAAGAGGCUGUACGCCAUCCGUCAGCAGCGGGACAAGCUGGUGAAGGAGGGAACCUACACACCUCCAAGCUGCCACUCAGGCAAGCCCGAACAUGGGCCAUGAGGGGCCACUGGGGGCCGUGGGGGGCCACAGGGGGCCGUGAGGGGGAGUGCUCUUGUCUAUAGUAGAGCAGAUGUUGCUGUUUCCGGUCCGCCUGUACAUGUUUGCAAAUAAAUCGUUCUCAUGAA